AAAAACUAAGCUUUAAGCUGUUGACGUUCCAGAAUACACAAGUAUGGCCAACGAUGCCAAGGGUCUCAACCUGAUUUUGUCGAUCACCUCUCCUAUGCUCGCUACAGCGGUUGUUGUUUUGAACAUGGCUGGCUGUCCAGCUGUAGCUGCAGCAGUUACCGUGAGCUCCCUGUUCGUGCAUACGUUCACACACGCUCUUCAGAUGGGCGCUGUGAUUGAGGUGUACAGAAACUGCGCUGGCUAUUAUGCUGCAGUCGAGAGGUCCAUCGAGCAAACGCUGCGCUUACCUGUUGAGCAACGUGAAGAUGCUACCAUCUUCCAGCAAAAGAUCGCAGUGCUACUCGGAAGGAGACCAGCAGUGACACCGAUGGUGCCCGUCGGCAGUAAUUCUGCCGGAGUUUUGUUCUGAAAUCCUGGUCAC